AUGUUUUCACAAGUUGGUAUUGCCAAAAUAAAUAAAAGUUUAAUUAGAAUACGAGGUCAAGAUGCAACUAAAUUUUUAAAUGGUUUAUUAACAUCAAGACUUCUACCUAACAUAGUGAAGAAGAAACAACACACAAUCUCAGAAUCUGAAAAUAGACAUGCUGAUUUACAAAAUAUAAUUGAUAUUCAUAAAAAUUAUGGCAGUAUGCAUGAGGAUAUAUAUGAUCCAGAUAAUAUAAUAACUGUGAGUCGAGAUGGUAUAAAUAGUAUGAUUUUAAAUUCAAAAGGUAGGGUAGUUACUGAUUGUUUUUUAUAUUCAAAUCCAUUGCAUAAUUAUAAUAAUGAAUUUGAAAAGGAGUUACAAGAACCAAAUUAUUUACUAGAAAUUGAUUCAUACAAUGUUUCCAAAUUGUUAAUGAUGUUAAAAUUGCAUAAAUUGAGUGCUGAGGUGGACAUAAAACAAGAUCCAGAAUUGCAUUCAUAUUACUAUUAUAAUGAUACUGAAAAAUUUGACAACUGGUUAGAAAAUAUUCAACAUGAGUAUUUUAAAACUAUGAAUCCUAUAGAUGCAUUGCAGAGCUCGAACUCGUUUAUAAAAAAUGAGAUAUUAUUUAAUAAAAAUUACGCAAGGCAUAUUAUUGGCUUUGCUAUUGAUAAUAGAAUACCCAACUUUGGAAUAAAAAUAAUAACUGAUAAGAAAGUAGGUGAAGGACAAGAUGGUAUACCUUUAAGUGAUUUAUUUUCUGAAAAAUUCAAGGGACAAUUUAAAACUAAUGAAAUAUCUGAAGCUAAUGUGACUGAAAGAAGAUUUCAGAAUGGUUUAUUUGAAAUCAGGGAUGUUUCAAAAGUCAAAGAUGUUUCCUUAUUACCUUUUGAAUGCAAUCUCGACUAUAUAAAUGGUUUAUCGUUAGAUAAAGGGUGUUAUGUUGGUCAAGAAUUAACAAUUAGGACGUUCAAUAAUGGUAUAAUAAGAAAACGUAUAUUUCCAAUCCAAUUUUUCAAGUUAGGUGACGCUGACACUGUCGAUAUUAAAAAUGUACCAGCUGGAAUGUUACCAAAAUUGGAUGUUACACCAUUACAAGAACCAGAAGAGAAACAAGAAGAGAGUACACAAUCAGCACCAUCACCAUUUGGCUCUUCCAAAACGGUCAGAAAGAGAAAUCAUUCAUAUGGUAGAAUAUUAUCAAUUGAAAAUAAAUUAGGUUUAGCAUUGUUUAGUAUUUCAGAUAUUGAAAAAAAUCCUAUUUAUAAAGUUCAAGUCCCAAGUUUAGAUGAUAAGUCUAAAUACAUAGGUGUUGAAGUAAUGAUCCCUGAUUGGUGGCCAAAUUAG